AUUGGCCGGCGGGCCGGCACGCCGCGCGCCGAUUGGGCGGCCGCUUGCCCUGAGCGAAGCUUUAGAACUCCGAGCCCCAAUAUUCGGUUACAUUGUAGCAAAAUGGCGACUGUCAUUCACAACCCCCUCAAAGCACUUGGGGACCAGUUCUACAAAGAAGCGAUUGAGCACUGUCGCAGCUACAACUCUCGGCUGUGUGCUGAACGGAGCGUGCGCCUUCCCUUCCUGGAUUCGCAGACCGGUGUAGCUCAGAACAACUGCUACAUCUGGAUGGAGAAGCGGCACAGAGGACCAGGCCUGGCCCCAGGUCAGCUGUACACGUACCCGGCACGUUGCUGGCGCAAAAAGAGGCGUUUGCAUCCCCCUGAGGAUUCCAGGCUGAAGCUGCUGGAAAUUAAACCUGAAGUUGAUCUGCCUCUGAAAAAAGAUGGGUUCACAUCAGAAAGUACAACUCUGGAAGCCUUGCUACGUGGAGAGGGAAUAGAGAAAAAAACGGACACUAAAGAGGAAGACACUAUACAAGAAAUCCAGAGGGUUUUAGAAAAUGAUGAAAAUGCAGAUGAAGUAAAUGAGGAAGAGGAUUUGGAAGAAGAUAUUCCAAAACGAAAGAACAGGCCUAGAGGACGGCCAAAGACCCCCACCUGGAAAAAAAUUUUCCAGAAAAAUGCUCGGGGAUCUGGAGGUGGCAGGAGACGGAAUGAUGCUGCCUCCCAGGAUGAUCAUGACAAACCCUAUGUCUGUGACAAUAGUUACAAACAAAAGCAUAACUCAAAAAUCUCCGACAAAGUCUGUGGCAAGCGUUACAAGAACAGGCCUGGGCUGAGCUACCACUAUGCCCACACUCACCUUGCCAGCGAAGAGGGUGAUGAAGCCCGAGAGCAGGAGACCCGCUCUUCCCCUGUCCACAGAAAUGAAAACCACAAACCCCAGAAAGGACCAGACGGGGUCAUCAUUCCCAAUAACUACUGUGACUUCUGCCUCGGAGGCUCCAAUAUGAACAAAAAAAGUGGCCGGCCUGAGGAACUUGUAUCAUGCUCAGACUGUGGGCGCUCUGGACACCCGACCUGCCUGCAGUUCACCACAAACAUGACUGAGGCUGUUAAAACCUAUCAGUGGCAGUGCAUUGAGUGCAAAUCCUGCAGCCUUUGUGGGACCUCUGAGAACGAUGACCAGCUGCUCUUCUGUGAUGACUGUGACCGUGGCUAUCACAUGUAUUGCUUGAAUCCACCAGUCUUUGAGCCCCCAGAAGGGAGUUGGAGUUGUCAUUUGUGCCGGGAGCUGCUCAGAGAAAGAGCAUCAGCUUUUGGUUUCCAGGCCUGAGGAGCACCAGCAAUCAAGAAACACUUUGCUCCUCAUGUUGUCAUACCAGCACACAAUUCCCAUCAAGAACACAAAGACACAACCCACAUCAAAAUGAAUGGACAUUCAAGUACAGGAAGAGGUAUCUGUCAUAUUCACUGUCACUGAUGCAGAACCUCAUGGGCUCUACUAGAAGGAUCGUGUACUUUCCUGAUGCUCCGGACGAAAUCUCUUCACUGCUAUGCAUGGUUGCUGCUUACCAUCACGGGCUCACAUGCAUUAUAGGAGGGGGAGGGUUGUUGUAUCGACACGGAAAAGUCAGUUUUGUGUGGCCUUGUGCUUUCUGUUUAGUCUUCUUCUUGAAGGAGAAAUAGUAAGAUAUCUCCCAAGGAUUUAUUGGUGAGUACGUUGGUGGGGAGCAGCACCAAUUACUCCUCAAGGGCUUGCCUGGAAAUCUCUUUACUGCAAGCACUCUGUAUUCAUACGGGGCUUUGCGUUGUGUUAGUUCAGUACUUACCAGGUUGUGAACAACACAUUGUCACUGAGAGAAGCACUGAUAAAAAUUUUUGGGGGGUGACACUUUCUCCCUUGGAUCAAAUGCUUUGCUUUGGCAGAUCUUUAGACAUCUGGUUUUAGUAUUUCUGACAGAAGAGCAGGACCAUUAUGAACACACACGGAUGCUUAGAAAAGUCUACUGUUUUUGGUAUUUUUGGAUGUUCAGGCACACUGUCCCACUGCCGUGCCAUCACACAGUUCAGACUCAUCUUUUUUUUUUGCUCAAAAAAAUUGUGAAUGGUUAUGUAUCUAACUGUCUUGCCAUUUAGCUCAGAAAACUGAAUGAAAGCAAAGUGUCAUUUUAAGUAGAUCAUAGAAAAUGAAGGUGUCAGUUUUCUAAGCCAUCUAAAGUAAGCGGGGGGAAAAAAAAGGAGCAACAUUGGCUUAGGGUGAUAUGAAGCACUUUUGAUUAUUUUUUAAAAUUUCUAAACUAAAAUAUUCUGCAAUUGAAAAUGAAAAUUUUAUUUUAGGAAUUGUCUAAUCAGGAAAAUUUUUUCCUUUUUUUUUUUUUUUUUUUUUUUUUUUAAUCAGAAUAGUUACCCGGAUCUAUCUGAAUGUUCUAAUCAUUUUGCCCCACAAUUCUAUACAACUGCAUUUCUGACAAACAUGAUAAUUUUGGCAAAAACCUUCCCAAGCUCUAGAGAAAGGAUUAAUGUACUUAACCUAAUAUGGAAAGAAAGAUUUUCAUAGUUAUUUUAAAAUUUAAAUAGAAAUAGUUGUACUUUUUUGAAACAAACUUCUACAUGUGAAAUGGAGAAACAUUAAGCAAGAGCAUCCUUGGAAAAAAAAAUAUUUUUACAGUUGAGUCCCUUUGAAUAACUUAAAGCAUUGCUAGGAGGACAAGUGAGUACGUUAACCAUUUUUUACCAGAUGCAUCUUUAAGGUUAAAAACACGCAACUCCCCAGACUGCCAAGUAGCCCAGAAUGACCAUUUUCCUGGGUAUGAUGUAUAUUACUUUCUAUGCAUAGAUUUAAGUGGGAUUAAAAUAUAAAGUUAUGAGAGUCCCAAGCAGCAUGUGGUUCAGGUUGCCUGUACUGGUAGGUAAGGACACUGAAGAUUAUAUUUGGGAUAUUUAUAUUGUUUGAAACUUUUAUGCAAAAUUAAAUGUCCCUGAACACUUGAAAGGACAUUGUGAAAGAAUAUCAGUGAGCUAAUUUUUCUUCCUUCUCCUGCUAAUUACACUUAGUUAGAAUGAACUUUACUGACCUAAAGCACUUUUCCUCAUUAUUUAGAUAGUUCCUUCACCUUUUACGUUUUGUAGCUUGCACAGUAGCCAUGUCAGCUGUUGCAUUCUCCCAUGUGCUGUCAUGAAGUAAUUUCAGGCUGCAGUGGGAGCAUUUUAAUCUGUUAGAAAAGGAGUUUAGAAAGUAUUUAUCCUAGUCGUAUUGGACCAAACUUCUCCUGGGGCAGCAGCGCUGGCUACCUGGGAUUCAUUCAAUACCUUAGUUUCUGUGUGACAGCCCCCUGGAUGAGCCAAGAAUACAAAGAAAUUUGCAUAUCACAUGCAAGGAGGGUACGGCAGGAGCUCAUGGGCCUGCACGAGGUGUCUGGUACAUGGUUGGACAAAGCUCUAGAAAAAAUGUCAAACGAAGCAUCUUCCUCACUCACAGUUUGAGGAUCUGCCCAUCACUGCCGUCCCAUUCAGAUUUCUGUGCCACUCCCUCUGCCCUGUCUGCUGUCAUCUGGUUUGAUGGGUGGUCCUGGGGACAUGGCCAGGAGGUGGUGUGAUCCUCCUGGAUGCAACAUCUAAAUCUCUGGUAGCCCUCUAUGGGCUGUUGGUGGGACCAGCUGGUGCAGAAGGUCAGUGCUCUCUGUCCUUUGAUGGAGAAAUUGCCGAAGGAGCUCUGCUCUGCAUGCACACCUGCUUUCCUCUUUUGCCCUUGUGAUCCGUACUGCUGAAUAUUUUCUCCUCCCACACUGUAGUGAACAGCAUCGUUCAUGGUUGUAAGUAUUCGUUAGUGGCACUGCUGAAGUUUCAUCGGUAAUGAGGUAUGACAGAAGGAUAGAUUGCUGGAUCUUCAGCGGCAAAAUAUUGUUGGAGAUCAGUGUCAGAUCCCAUCAGCUUUUAAAAAUGGGAUGGAUUUGUUGGAAAGUAUAUGUUUGUCGUGCAGUGGGCAGGGCAGCAAGGGGAUGUUUUUCCCGAGCAUUGACAGAGACACAUGAGCAGGGAAAGCUGCUAGUGAAGGCAACUUGGUCUUCCCUUUAGCCUGGCAGACCGAACUGAGACAAAAUUCAAGGUGUUGUGCUCCUUGUCUGCUUUGGGGAUAGCUGGGAUUUCUCUUUUUUGCCUUUUAUAUAUAUAUAUAUAUAAAAGUGAUGUACCCAGUAAAUCAUCUCUGUACCUACUCCCCUCUGUGGUGAAGUUCACACUCCAUGUGUGAGCUCAUUGGCAGUCCUCAGGGUGAUCAAACUCUGACGUAUUUCAAAACUCUUCUGAGUAGGCAAGGCAAGCUAUUUUUUUUAGCACAAAUCAGGCCAAACUACCAUAGGAGGUGGUAGAUUCUGCAUCCCUCAAAGUCUUCAAAUCAAGACUGGGCAGUUUCCCAGAAGACGUGUUUUAAUUAAAACGCAAUUUUAGUUAAUCACAAGAAUGUCUGACUGGAAAAGGCUUGUGUUAUAGAGGAAGCUAGACUAGAUGAUGUAAUUGUUCUUCCUGUCCUUAUUAUAAAAACAGAUGUUUACCAGUUGAGGGGAUGUAUUUAAAUAAAGCUGUGUCUGGGUAAUGGGCUUUAAAUAUGUUAGUUAAACAUAUUCAUGAAACCAUUCUCAUUUUAACCCAUUUUGGGUAAACCUAAAAAAGGUUAGUUACAGAAAAAUGUCUUUAUGAAUGCAGUAAAUAAUGCAUUACCUCCUUCAUGCCCUCAAUGGCAGCUGUUGGUGCUAGCUACCUCAAGCUUUUCCAGAGAAUGAACAAUUCAGACUGCAUUGUGUGAAACCAUGACUUGGUUCUGGCUUUCCCUCCGUAGUAUAUCAGUUCUGGGUUGUCCAGUUUUCUGGAAGCCAGAAGGGGCAGAGAAAUGGUCCCAGCUUUCAGAUUGCAUCUGAAGCAUUUGAGAAAACAUACCUUAGGACACUCCUUGAGCUAGGAAAGCCACUGUUAAGUGUGUUCUGAAACAAAUAUUACUCAAAAUAACUUUGUAAUUCUUGAAAAAGGGAUUAGUAAAUUCUGCCCCAAAGCAGGAGCCUCCUGCCCUGUGCCGUGCUGUGGGGCUGCUGCAUGUUCCUCACACCUAUAGCAUCUCUUUUGACAGGGGUCAUUUGGCAGGUGAGGAGAGGAUGGGGGUAGAAAGGAAUAUUAAUUAAGUGUGCCACUGCUGGAGGAGUGGUCUACAUUGCGUGCAAGGAAAUUCCAGGUAGAGCGGCACAUGAUUUUUCUGUGUGGAAUAACUUUAUUUCAAAAAAAAAAAAAAAAAAAGGUGCUUCUGAGGGAACCACAAUUAUUCACAUAUCCAAGUGCAAUCUGACAAAUUAUUUCAUGUAAAAAAUAUGGGGGAUAUAUCAGAAAAGUUGAAACUAUGUUUCAACACAUCAAGACCUUGCAUUAGAAAAAAAAAUACAGUAUCUACUUAACAGAAAGUUGGCAUCUAUGAAGGAGUAAAAAUCCUCUAAGAUGAUGCAACUGGGUACAUCUAAAAGAAAAGUAAAACAGCAAACAGUAAUCUUGAGUAGUAGAGACACUUCCUUAGUGAGACAUCUUUAAUCAGUUGUUCUUGUCUGUCUGUCUAUCCAAUCAGUUAGCAAUGCCAACUGUUAGUCUAUAAAACUGUCUUUAGAGCAGAAGGGAAAAAUGUUUUAUGUUUUCCUGAUACAAAAAUAUGGACAAAGCAACAGUGAAUAUAUUGGGAACACUUUGGCACCAGUCUAGGAGGACAGAAAAUGCAAAUCUCAUGGAGGAGGCAAUUAAAGAUGGAUUGAGUUGUCAGCUUUGUUGUGGGAGACUCCAUGUUGGCAAGAGGAAGUCCUCAUCUGAAAUGUUAACAGUAAAGCAGUUGCACAUUUUUGUGAAAAUAAGUUCUGCAGAGAGGAGCAGGCAGACAGGAGAGGUGCCCCGCUUAGUGAGCUGCUCUUUUCAUCUCAUUGUACCCGUCCACAGCCUCUCACCAUCAGCACUUCCAGCAGGGAUCGUGGCACCACUCUAGGCCAAGGAGAGGUGUGUUGCAGUCCUGCCUCUCCAGCUGCCCCACGGGAGCCUUUGCCAGGUGCCACCAGCACUGCCCAUCAAGGCACUCAGCUGAGUGUCUGCAGGAAUGGCAAACAACAGCUCCCCCAGGGAACAGGGGAGGGACAGACUUUUUAGUGUUUACCCCUUUAUUUCACAAAUGUCAUUGAGAACACCAGGUGUUUUGCUGCUGGGGAAUCAAGCCAAUGGCUUAUUAAUGUUUGCAAUGCCUUUCUGCCACCCUGGGUGAAAAUGCAAAGUAUUAUGCUACAUACACUAUUCACUCGUACAUUUAGGAUAUGCAUUGAUACUGGUAUUUUGAAAUGAAGAAGCUAUUUCCAGAUCGGCUUACUGCCAUGUGUGUGCAUAAAGUUAACAACAAAGCCCUUCAUGCUGGAAAACAGCUGAUUUUUCAGGUCCUGAUGUUUUCUUUCAGACUCCUGUCAGUCUGGUCACCAAUCUGGUCCAGUUCAUUGCAGCAAACCCAAGGUUUCACCUCCACAGUGAGUCAGGAAAUGUUCCCUCUCUCCCCGCAUUUCAGAAGGCAAGGUGAGAGAAGGGUAGUUCUGAGUCUUCAUAUUCUGGGUGAUAAAGAACAAGUCUCUUUCAUGGUCAUCGGGGUACGUUGGGAAGUAUCUGCUCAAAAUCAAAGGAAAAGAUAGGAACAUUAUGCCCAAUGUACUCUUCCUUCAUAGAUCUUUUAGAAGUAUAGCACAAGAUGUGUCCCCACAUCCUUUUGUGAAGGCUAUCGCACGUGUAUGAGGAAUUUCCAAGUGUUCUCUCAUUUGAGCUUCCUUAUGGAAUAUCCCUCAUUGUUCAUCCUAAUUUUUUUCUUUUUUGAAAUAUAUUUCUGGAUUUGAGGUAUUCUGUACCAAAGCUGAUAUGGAGGGUCUAGAUCAAUUCAGAGAUAGAGGGAGGUCCAAGCUGAACCUUCAACUUUCACCUCCCCCUUUAGAAGUGUUUAACAAACCCUUCAUCAUUGCAGGGAAUCAAACUCACAUGCUGACUGAAUUCCAAUUCAGCAUUAAGGUCACACGGUUGUUCUUUUAGACUCUUCUGUAGUCAUAAAAUAUUCUUUAAAAAUGCAGGGAGAAAUGUUCCCUCUUUACCUUGAUGGCAUUCCUUUUUUUGUGCUGCAGCAGAGAUCAACAGUCCUCUAGUUUACUCUGACUUUCUUCCAGCACUGUAGCCUGGGUCAGCAGUAAUGGGGACAGGUCCAGGAAUAAUCUGUUUCAUUGAAUUGCAGAUGUAAGAGAGGCUGAAGAGCAUUCAAGUAAAUUGUCAUCUGUGCUAGACAGUCAGAUCUCCUAAGAACCAGAAGUUUGUGUACUUUUUAAGCUAUUACUUCACCUGUUCCUCAUCUGCCAUUUCAGACUUUUUUUUCCACUAAAAGUAGCUGCAAAGAAAAGUAUCAACUAAAACUGGGGGUGGAGGAGACUGAGUUAGGAUCUUUGCUGUUGAACCUUUAUUUGACGGUUGUUCAACAUUGUCACAAUUAUUCACAAGGGGGGAAAGAAGGAGGCUAAAUCUGUGACAUCACAGUGUUUCUCAGAUAAAACUGUGAUGUCAUCAGCAUUUUAAUGCACUUUUGAAAUGGUCAAGUAAUGAUCCCAAAAUAGUGACAUCCCCAUUAAUACCAUUAAUAUCCCCAUUAAUGGUAGAGCCUUACUGUGUGAUGCUGUGGUAUUUAAUUUUAAUUAGAAAGACUUUAAGUUGUGUAUAUAUAUAUAUGUGUGUGUGUGUGUGUGUGUGUGUUUCAUGUUAAUGUUAUUUGCUGUAAAUAUGGCUCACCUACCAGGAGUAGAUCUAAAGUCCUAUAACAAGUGUUACUGACCUUGAAAGAGAAGAAGGAGGGAGAAUAUCUUAUUUGUUUUGCUAAAGACAUGUCAGCAUUCUAACAAAAUAACAAAACAUUACCCCUUACAAUAUAAUUGCAAUCAUAUCUGGAACAUGAUUUUAUUGACAAAUGAAGGAGUACAAAUUCACUAAAAGUUAGGUCAGCUUCUCAGCUCUCUCAAUCAACAUUCCUCGAUUGACUUUAAGCCAAGAGGCUGGUCUGGUGUCUUAAAAAGGCCCAAUCUAAGUAGCCCUAAUCUUUGGUCUUUAUUUAAAAAUGUAUUUCUCUCUAGCUGAGAACACCCAGCACAUACAAGAAAAUAGGCAUUUCAGCCCCAGAUGAGUCUGGUCUGUUUACUUUGGGUUUGGGUUCAGCCUGGUUCUGGUGGUGCCGUGUCACAGGCUUCAAAGCAAAGUGAGAUAUCUCAGCAGCAGACAAUUUUGGAGCAGUCAGCAACCAGGGCAAAUUUCCCCCUAACUCCACGGAGUUUGGACUUGAUUGCUCAGUUUCCAGUAUAUUGCCUUUUGAUUUUCUGUAACCCCCUUAUUGCUGUAUUAGCAAACAGUGAACUACAGCACGUGAUUUUCCUCUGCUGUAUCAGGCCUCACUUCACUUGGCUCUGAGCUCACCUCCCUUCUCCAUUUCUAAUCUGUUCCAGUCUUUUUGAUCUCUCUCUCUCUCCUCAUGUGGAAAUCUUCUCCAGCCCCUAUUGUUAGCACCUGUCCCUGGGGUCAGUCCUCUUCAGCUCCAUUUGUUCCACGACAGCCUGAAGUGGAAGUUUGCACGAGGGAUAUGCUGUAGGUUUACCGAGUGGUAUGCAAACCUCCUAAGAUCACCUUCCCUCCCAGUGGUACCUCCUGACAAUAUCUUUGCUUUUUAGCUGCCCCAUGAGUGGUCCCGAGGUCACCCCUGGGAUAUUUCCCUCCGUGGUGCCAGCUUAUCCUGAGGGAACCCGUUCUGCACGGGGGAAGCCACGCGGUGCUGCUGCUGGCACACGUGCCCUCCUUCGCCGGUGCGCAGCUGGGGACGUGGUCAGGCUGAUGGCAGGAGAUCACAUCCAGCACGGCUACUCCCUGGAAGCCAAAGUGUUGCUUAGUAACCCACUCAUGGAAGUACCAGAAGCAUUUUUCAAUCUGUCACGUUGGCGAAAAACACUGGCUUCUUGAUUUAGAGGCAUUCUGCUGUGCGUAGCAGGGCUUUGCUCCAUUACCUUGCAUCCAGCGCUAUCUGCCAGCGAGGAAACAAACCUCCCCCUGCAAGGAGGGGCUGGGGGUGGGGGAAAGAGGCACAGCAAAGAUUUGCCCAGCAUUGUCUGCGAAGCCUUUAGCUAUUUCUCCUGACAUCUAGACCUCAUCUUAACUCCCUUCCUGUGGGAGAUAUUCCCUCCUUAUGAUAGUGCACUCCAGGGUCCUAUAGCAAUUGGCCAAACAGGACCCUGCAGCACCUUCAUCUAUUAUGAGACAUUACUGCAAUAAAACAUGGUGUGUCAUACAGAAACUGGAUGAGGUAUUGCAAUAUUUAUGUUGUAAGCCUCAGUGUCAUGGACAAUUGCUACAGAAUAAUGUAUGUCUUUUUUUAAUGCGGCGGAGUCAUAGCAGCUUCACCAGAGCACACAGAACACAGACCAUCUGGGAGUACAUGGCUUCCUCAGUUAUUUUCAAGUUAUUGCGUUAUUGAGAAUUAAAUGAAAAACAUCCUCUCAUUUAAAAAUAGACUGUAAAGGCUUUUAGGUUACUUCCCUUUCUCUUUUAAGUAUAAUUCAGUUUGGGAGCUAAACAUCUAAGAACUGUGUUCUGACUUAAGAGGCUUGCUCCUUUAUCUGGCACUGUUUUAUCCUUAAAAAUGGCUUCAAGAAGUAACCAGAGGGCUUUUAUUUGCAGUACCUUAUUGAUUUUGCUAUCAAGUCUCCCCAGUUUGGAAGUAAAAAGGUAUUUAAACAAUGUCUAGCUUUGAGCUCUGGGGUCCAGCUGUGUUCUUCCUACCCCGCUUCUCAUCAUCAGAAUGACUAGAGCCAUCAAGACACUGUAUGACCCAUUUCUGUGACUUGGCUCAUGCUGUCUGCAAAAAACUGAAGGUAUUUUAUGAGGGUCAUGGAAGGUCCAGAGUGUCCUGAAGUCCAGGUGUCAGACAAGUGAUCCUGAGAGGCUCUUUCAGUCUUCAGAGACUGUCUUACCCAUGAUGAUGCUCAAUACUGCACUGAUGAAAUCAUCAAGGUGUAUUUCUUGUGCAAAUCCCUUUCAAUGAAAGGUCAGUGACACACACAACAGUUGUGGUCUAAAACUUAACACAGCCUAAAGAUGAAAAAACAUCCCACGAUGUGAGAAGAUCCCAAUUUGAUCUUUGGGGAAUUUCUGAAGAAGUAAGUACAUUCCUGUAGUCCUAAGUUUGGGUAUGGGGUACAGUUUCUUUCCAUUUUAGUUUGUGUAUAGUUUAAGAAAUACAUGAAGCAGACAAACAAUGUUCCUGCUGGCUGGUGUGUCACCAGCAUAAGAGCAAUUGAUGACCCACCCCGGGGCUCCAAGUGCAGAAGUGUCUAUCUCACACAAAUGUUCAGAGAGAAAUGGUGUCUCUGGGGGGCAGGGAACAUUUUUGGCACGGGAGACAAAGACUGGAGGGAGGCCUGAUCUACAUUUUAAUUCCUAGAACUGGUUGUGCCAGCUCAUGAUAGAUGGAAAUCUUGUCCUUGUGAUGCUAUGCUCCUUGGAAAGACGAUUCAGAGAAGAAUUAGGUGUACAAUAUAUUGUUUGUUAGAAAAGUAGCAGGGUAUCUGUUUCCAGUCUUCUAAUACCCUGACCUUGGAGUUUGUUCGUAAUUAAAUAGUCUUGUCUUACCAGCUAGCCAUUGAAGCAAAAGAGCUGUUGUUAUAAAGAGAGUGGGCAAGGGAAGAGCAGGCAAACUGGGUAUUUCUAGGCAAUAUUGAGAAAGCACAGCCAUUCCCUGCAUUCACAACACCUCUUUCUUCUGUAUGUUCUGCAAGGUAAGAUGAUUUGAGCUGAGAGAUGUUUUAGAGCACCUGGAUUAGUUAGCUGCAAAGCAGGGGCUGUUCCAUUAAUGCCUAUUCCUGCUUUUUAGUUUUUUGAGGUUUUUAUAUGUUUAUAUACUCACACCCUUCUUUUCAACAUUGAGGAUGCUCUAGGUUAUCUCUGUUUCACCUAGCUGGGAUCUACCCUUACAGAAACAACAAAAUGUGGGCUGGAGCCUGCUCCACCUCCUGGCUGUACGUACCCCUACAUAUACAUGGCUGCAUUACAGUGACUUUUGUAAUGUGUUGACUGUGGUGCCAAGACAACAUGGCUGGAGAAAAUUAGGAAUACUUAAAACUUAGUGUGAAUAGAAAAUCAGUCAGUGAAAAGGCGGUACAGCUGAAGAAGUUUUCUUACCCUGAGCCACCAUCAUGUUUUCUACAAUCUGCCAACCAGUGUAUCCCCUAAAUAGCCUUUUCUCCUCUUUGCAGCAGAAGAGAGCUUGACUUUUGUGUCUUUGCUCCAAGCUGGAGCCAUUGGCGUUCAGUCUUUUCGUAAUGUCCAGAUGAAUCAAAAAGCUGGCCUUGACAUGGGUUUGCCAACUCCUGCAGCUUCCCACCAGAAUAAUCUAAUACCAGUCAGUGAAUAGAUUGGAGGAGUUCCGGGAUGCUGCUGACUGAUGAGAGCCAUUGAAAUAUUGGUGCUCAGGGCAAUAGUGAUAAGGAGGUUUUGUAUCAAUGCUUGUGAGAAAAACUUGUCAGUCUCAGAUGAAACCGAUUGUCCUGUUAGUCACAGGGUAAGUACAGAUGCAAGCCAGAACAACUGAGUGAGAAAAUAAGACUUUCUGCCUGACGAAUACCCCAGACACCCCUCUUGCUUCAGAGAAAACACCCUUCUGUGACUGAAGCUGGGGUGGAAAGGACGUGGGCUCACAAGGCUAGAGAGCCAUGUCACUGCAGCACAUUUGUCACAGUGUCUUCAGUCAUGUAAAUGUACAAGAAUAGUGUGAAAAUGCCUGUCAUUUCUUUCAAAUUCCUUUUCAGCUAUGUACACUACCUCCAGGUUGCCUGUUGCUGCCCCAUGUGAGGCCUAAUUGGAGUUUACACUAUGCUGCUUGGUAUUCAUUUACUUUUGGUGGCCACAGAUUAAGGUUACAGGUUUAGGAACCAGAACAUAAUCUUAAGGACAGCUUCUUGUGUUAUUUUUCUCUUUCCCUCCUUUGUAAAUGUGAUCCUUUCUUUUGAACUCUGAAGUGACUGUAUUGUUACAAUGUGUGUAUGUAGAGAUUUGUUUUGAUAUGGCUUGUGUGGAGGACCUCUGCUCCUCUUAUCUCACACUCAGUUUUCUUAAGUGCUUGAUAGCUUUGCCAGCCUUUUGUGAGGGAGGAGAGGUGAUGGGGUGGGUUCCUACGCUUCAAACUUGAUGCUUUUCGAGGGAGAUUUGCACAGCUUUGCACAGAGCGGUAUGAGAAUCCAGGGUGCUCCCAACUGUUCUUAAGUAGUCCUGAUCUGGCUUCUGCCAGCAGAAACAGAUCAGUUUUGAAACCCUCAGAAAAAAACAUGUUGCUCAAUGCUAUAAGCCAGCACUGAUCACAAAGGCCCAUCGGUUUGUCACGCGUGGAGACGUGUGAUGUUCCCCCCAGCCUGAAGGUACCUGUCUGAGCACAGAGUGAAUCGCACCCUUCGCUCACGACAACUGACAUUGCUCCGUGGGUGCUAACGGAGCUACCCCAGUUUGCACCAGCCAAGGAUCAGCCCUUCUGUGUUUUUGUGGUUAGGAAAACCGUGAGUGAAAUCCUGCAGAGGUUUGAGAGAAGAGGGCAAUGUGUGUUGGAACCUCUCAACUUUGCAGGAUUUCUUUGGUAUUCAUACACAUUUGCAAGAAUGUAUUCCAAGCAUCUUGUACUGUUAUUAGUAACUUGUACUGUAGUUUGUUAGCAGUGUUGACUACCUACGUAGCUAAUAUUCUGUUGCAACUUAGAAAAAGUGUAAACGAUUGCAGAAAACAGGAGUUUAGAACUUGUAUGUACUUUUUUUUUAUAUAUAUAUUAAAGCACUACAAUUAAAAGUACAAGCAAAAAUG